AUGGGAGUUCUUUCAGCUGGCCCUGCAUCCUUUUCUUUUCUUCCGUUCAAUCUCCGACGCACCUCUCUGCUCGGCACAAUGGGAUCUGCUUCGCCGCGGCACUCACCGUCGGGGAGGGAAUCGUUGACUCACGAUGUCUCUCCUCCCUGUGAACAAGAUGUGGACGUUCCACCCGUCUCCUCGCCACACCAGCCUUUCGUAGAAGAGCAGCUGCGUCCCUCCCCACCCCAACCUUCGGCCUCUCCUCCGCACAUGUCGUUCCCUGCCUCUUCCCCCGCUUCUUCAUCUUCUUGUUCAUCGUCGUCUUCGUCGCCUUUGCCUUUUUCCUCUGCGUCUUCCACACCUGCGCCACUUGCUUCGUUUGCUCCUCCUCCGCCUCUUUCCGCUUCCGUUUCUUGUCCGUUUGCGUCUUCGGCCUCCUCGUCUUCUCCGUCGUCUUCGUCGUCUGCCGCGGUCUCGGCUCCUUGUGCACCUCCUCUCAGUCUGUCCUCCUCAGCUCUUUCUUCUUCUUCUGCGUCUGCAGCGGCUUCGGCGCCUUCUUCGGCUUCGCUUUCUGCAUCUGCGUUCUUGUCUUCGCUCUCCUCGCCCUCGUCCUUCUUCCCCUCCUCCUUUUCUUCUCCGUCUUCGUUCGUCUCGCGUCGCGGGGAUCCCGUCUGCGGCGCACCCUCCGAGUUGGGCGUGGAGAUGCUCUUGGCGGGGGACUCUCCGAGCGACAGCAGUACGGCGGACGAGAGCGACGUCGCGUCGACCGCGCCUUCGGUGUCUCUGCUGCAGCACUCUCACGCGUCGCUCUCCUCUGCGGCCGCGCUUCACGGUCUUUCUCCCCGGACCUCAUCGACGCCGCCAACGGUGGGGAACCGGUCGCUCGAGGGCUCUCUGGACAACAAUCCGAGCCUGUCUGAGAGAGGAGACGCGAGCGAGCGCGAGCGCGACGGCGAAGAGCGAGGCUGGAACGGCACAGUCGAGGAGCGAGAAGGAAGGCGAGGCAGAAGAAAGGGGGACAGAAAGGUGGGCAAACGGGGACGGCGGUCGAACGCGUCGCUGUUCCUCUCGCCUGCCUUCCGCGCCGGUUGUGCCCAGGGCGCAGGCGUCGGCAGAAACGUCGCAGCGACCGCGUGGAGAGAGAGGGAAGGACGCAUGUGUACUUUCAACGCUCCCGUCCCCCUCUCCGCUUCAGCGUUUCUUCGAGGUGUCGUGACGCCUCCGCCUCUCCGCCCGGCGGGUCUCGGAGAAGUGGACGAGAGGAACCGCCUUCCGUCGCGCUUCUCUUCUUCGUCUUCUUCGCCAUGCAGGUCUCCGGCACCCUUCUCGCCGCCUUCGCACCUUUCGUCCCCAGGGGGGCAUGAAGGCGGAGAAGCGACCAGUGGCGAGACCGGACUGACGGACUCUCCAGGGAACAGACCCGACCGAGGCAGACGGUGCAGACUGCAGGGCGGCGAGACAGAACGACGGACAGACGGCGACUCCUGCGGCGCCUCGCUCUCGCAGGGGUCGUUUGACGGUGCAGCGUCUCUCUCGUCGUCAAACGCUCGCCGCGCUCAGCAUGUCACCGACGCGGGAAGGCGCGAGGAAGACGAAGGAGAGCUGGAGAGCCGAUCUUGGGAGAGAAGGAGCAGAGGGAGACAGCGAGGAAGCGAAGAGGCGAAGAAGCACGACGGCCGAGGCAGAGAAAACAGCUGGAAAGAACGGAGACACAGCGACGGACAAGACAGCGAGACCCUUGACGGACGAGAGACACACUGCGCCGGACUCGCGACAGGAAACGAGGCAGAAGGCAUCGCUCGCGGUGUAACGCGGCAAACACAAGCGGAAGCGCCGAGUGAAGAGACGGAACAGCACCACGGGAGACAGCCGACGGGGGAAGAGAACUUGGAAGCAGAAGGACGACCAGUGAGAAAAGACUUCGCGGCCGAGCAAUGA